AUGUCGAAUCCCUCCUUCGACUCCCCUCGACGGUCCGCUGUCUUUGCCCGUCAGCCGGAGGAACUGCAUAUACCAUCCACGGGUCUAGUCAAUCAGAAUUUGUCCCGUCAGCCUCCCUCCCAUGACUUCCCCACGACCCCAGACACAGGUGCAGGCGCGACUCAGGUCCCCUCGAUCAAUGUCCAGCCAUCUGCGCAAUCCUUGCAGUAUGGGAGCGGUAGUGGAAACAGCAAUAACAAUCUACCAGGCGCCUUGACUCCAGGAGGUCAGAACCGCCCCCAAGCUGUCUCAGCCAACACAGCCCCGUCGGUCAUUCCUACCUUGCAGUCAUCACAGCAGCCCAACCAUCGGUCGAGCAUGAUAAACUCUCAUGGCCACUCCCGAUCUAGCCCGGCUGGAAUAGAUCCGUCCAUGUACAAACAACACAGCGCUUCGGAGGAGUCUAAGUACCCCACAUCCCCCGGAGCUGGAUUCCCACCUCAGACCCCGCAAGGAUCCAAGUAUUCGCCGCUCGGCCUGGCAGACGUUCGCCUUCCUGGUGACCAUUACCUUAGUGGUUCACUUAUGAGUCCAGGAGCAGCUCCAUACAAUAGCGAUAAUCAGGUGCCUACCAACAGCAACUACAUAGCACCGUGGCCCAUAUACGCAGUUGAUUGGUGCAAAUGGCCAAUUUCAGGGAACUCGAGCUCAUUCGGUGGCAAAUUGGCAUUGGGCAGUCACCUGGAGGAUAAUCAUAACUAUAUUCAAAUUGUUGAUACGCAUUGGGCCCAACCCGACCCUGAUACCCCGGAUGCAGCAAAUGGGGAGAUCAAGCUAGAAUAUGUCAAAACAGCCGAAGCGACGCAUUCAUAUCCCGUCACCCGUAUUCUAUGGGAACCACCAUCGUCCCAAAAACAGUCCACUGAUUUGCUUGCCACAUCGGGUGAUCACCUUCGCCUGUGGUCACUCCCCAAUUCCCAACCGCUGCCGAGCUCAAACAGCAUUACACGGCCUGCUAAUCAACGGGAUGCUCCUACUGCCAAGCUCUCGCCCUUGGCAUUGCUCUCUAACUCCAAAUCCCCCGAGCAUACCGCCCCGAUCACCUCGUUGGACUGGAACACGAUUUCCCCCAGCUUGAUCAUCACAUCCAGCAUCGACACAACCUGCACGAUCUGGGAUAUUCCGACCUUGACAGCCAAGACACAGUUGAUUGCUCAUGACAAGGAAGUGUUUGACGUUCGAUUCUGUGCCAACAGCGUUGAUGUGUUCGUGAGCUGUGGCGCCGAUGGCAGUGUCCGCAUGUUUGAUCUGCGAAGCCUGGAGCACAGCACUAUCAUCUACGAGCCAUCUGAGAAGACAGACGUUAAGCCGGUGAUGAGUCCCGGUAACACCAGCCCACCCGGAUCACAGGCAGGAGCUUGGCCUCCACCACUGUUGAGAAUUGCAGCAUCUCCACAUGACGCCCAUCUGCUAGCCACCUUCUCCCAGGAUUCCAGCGUUGUUCGUGUACUCGAUGUGCGGCAACCCGGUCAAGCCUUGCUUGAGCUGAAGGGUCAUUCUGCUGCACUCAAUUGUGUAGAAUGGUCCCCAAGCCGGCGUGGUCAGCUUGCUUCAGGUGCGGACGACAGUCUGGUUCUUCUCUGGGAUCUCCUUAGCCCAAGCAAUAGCUUGCCCCCUGCCCAUGGCGUCGGUGCCCAAUCCAGCACCUCUGAGCGUGGCCCUACUGCUGCCUGGCAAUGCGACUAUGAAAUUUCCAAUAUCAGUUGGUCUCCGCAGGGCGGAUCCAACCCCUCAGGUCAGCCACGGGAAUGGCUUGGCGUUUGUGGUGGACGCGGGAUAUGGGGCGUCGCACUAUGA